GCCAUUGGACAUGCAGUUGCUGCAUAUGUAUUUACCUCUCGCCCUCGCCGCAAUCGAGCAACUGCGCGAACGCCAACAGCAGGAAACGAUGGAGGACAUGAGCAGCCCCAUCUUCAACGAUGAGCUCGCAGACUCCCUGGAGCCGCUGCUGCUGGGAUCGGCGCCGCAACUGCUGGCGCGGUUCUUGGCUGCGUGGUGGACGUACGAUGCCGGGCACGUGCAGCGGGUGUGCGAGCAGUUGGCGCCCGCGUGGCCACGGGAGGCGGCGCUGGCAUUCAACUGGGCUUACCAACUCGGCACCCGACAGCAGAUAUUGCUGCUGCAGCACCAACAACAACAGCAGCAACAGGAGCAACCACAGCAGGGGCAGCAGCAGCAACCACCACAAUACCAGCAGCCCCCACAAUAUCAGCAACACCAGCAGUAGCGGCAAUCAUAGGAGCUCGAGAGUUGCAGUGACUGAUCGUAUCCGCGCGGGAUGACGCGGAGUGCAUGGCUGUAAUUAUUGUUUGUUGGUUGGCCGUUUCGGGGGGGGGGGGGUUUCCCCUCUUUCCAUUUGAGUGUAAGCAAGUCGUUUCAGGCACACCAGCGUUGUUAUUGGAUCCACG